AUUGAGAUCAUUUAAUCUGAGUGGUUCUGGGGCAAAUGAAGGAUGCUUCAGUAGAUAAACACAACCACAUCUGCACCUUGGUCAGAGUUUUAACGUAAAGACGAGUUUCCAGUUUCAGACUAAAGCGUCAUGGCUCAAUUUGACAGCAGUAGUGUUACUGCUAAUCUACUCUUCUGCUUUGAAAACAGUCAUCCAGUGAAUCAUUUGAUAUCAAAAAUACAAACCAUGAAGAUCAGAGAGCAGCUUUCUUCAGGGUUUUCUCUGGAAACCAGCUGUGUACAGGAUACUGGAUGCCUUGAUGAGAGCAGUUACUCACUGAACCAGUUUGAGGCUCACAGUCCUCCCACAGACAUGUCUUCAGCUCUCAGGUCGGUUGCCUUAAUGCGCAGAUGGGAUUGGAAAACAAUUUACUAUGCACUUGCGCCUAAGCUGUCUUCAGUACCUAGAUUUGAAGACAAUCCAGCUUUGCCUCCAUUAGAUGAUCAGGAUAAAAGUACAGAAGGGGCAGCAGAUCCAGCUGAGGAGGAAGUGCUGAGUGUAUCAUUCCAGUCAAAGUACAUUCAUUUUUUCCCGCUGUAUCAGGACUACUGUCUGCACGCGGUGAAAGAUGAUCUGCACAGACUGAAAGGGGGUUUUGUGUCUGAACUGAUAACACUGCAGGGUCUGCAGUCCCGCUCUCUCUGCCAUUCUGGGGCUGCAUCUCCUCAAUUAAACCCUCCGGAAGCGACUCCAUCCUCACCCCUACCUCACCCAAUCAGGGUGACUUCAUGCACCCUUUGGCAAGAUCUAGAUGAGGUGAAAUCGUCUGGCAUGCUCAGCAACUUGACAACCAGAGAGAUUCGCCUUCAGGAGUCGAUGUUUGAGUUGAUCGGCUCUGAAGCGUCAUACCUAAGGAGCCUUGGAGUUGCUGUCGAUCAUUUCUAUGCGUCGAAGGCACUAAAACAAACCCUGUCUCAAAUGGAGCAUCACAUUUUGUUUUCCAACAUUCGUCAAGUGAUGGCAGCCAGUGAGAAGUUUCUUAUGGAUCUGGAAAUUCAACUGGGAAAGUGUGUGUUAAUAUCUCAGGUUGGUGACAUUGUGCUCCAGCACUGCCCAGAGUUUCACAGGCUCUAUGUGCCAUAUGUGACUAACAUGAUGUACCAAGAGGCCCUUGUCAGCCAGCUGCUGCAGCAGAACAGAGACUUUCUGUAUUUAAUCAAGAAGCUUGAGAGUGAUCCAGUGUGUCAAAGACAGAGCCUCAAGUCAUUCCUAGUCCUUCCCUUCCAGAGAAUUACUCGUAUUAAACUCAUCCUAGAGAGCAUCCUGAAACUGACUGAAACAGGCUCUGACUCGACUUUAAAUCUCAAAAGGGCAAUAGAAGCCAUCCAUGAGAUACUGACGGAGUGUGAUAAGGGGGUCCGAAAAAUGAAACAAAUUGAGGAGCUGGUCUGCCUGGAAAUUCUGCUGGAUUUUGUCAAAGUUAAGUCAGUUCCUCUGGUCAUAAGUGGGCGUUUCCUGGUGCACCAGGGUCCCAUGAGACAGCUGACUGUGGAGGCUGAUGCUUACAACUCACGACUGUCAUUCCACAGCGUCUACCUCCACCUCUUCAAUGACCUUUUGAUCAUUUCCUCAAAAAGGGAUCAGAGGUUCAUGGUUGUGGAUCAUGCUGAAUUCCCCACACAUGUGCACCUUGAGCAUCUGAAGACUGAGGUCCUGGGUCUCCCCCCAGACUCCUUCCUGUUGCAUCUCUCUCAAAGUCAAAAUGGACAACCGACCGCCACGAUACUUGUUACACACACAAGGUCAGAUAAAGAGACAUGGACAAAGGUGCUGUUGUCUAAACACUGAUGGAAAAACUUUGAUUUGAACUUGCGAUUUAGAUUUUAUACAUCAAAUGUGGGUUGUUUUUAACUUGCACAUUUAAUAAUAUACAUUUGAUAACGUG